AUGUCGAAUUCUCUAAAAUAAUCUACCCUAUUAGCUUCUUUUAAUCAUAAAGGUAUCAAUCCAUUACCAAAAUAUGAUGAUAUUCGAAUAGGUCCUCCUAUAGUUCGUACGAAUUCUUAAUAAUUCAAAGAAAAGCCUUAAUUUUAGCAAUAAUAUAAAACAUUAAGUCAAUUUUAAGUUUAAAAAUAAAAAGGACAAUAAGAAUUAACAAUAGUUUAGCAUAUUAGAAUUAUUUUCAUGUUUUAUGUAUAAUUUGGUAAUAAAACUAAUAUAUAAUAUUUGAAGUCAAGUAAAUUUAUUAAAGCUAUGGCAGAUGCUGAGAUAAUUAAUGAAGGUAGCAUUUAUUAUUAUAAAGAUUAGAAAUAACAAGCAAAGAUCUUGAUAUUUUAUAUUUCUAAAGUACAAAAAAUACAGAGACUUUAACUUUAGAUUAGUUUAAAGAUUUACUUGUAAAAAUAGCAAUCAAAUUAUAUAAAAUUCCUGAACAGUCAAAAUCUUUUGUAUUGCUUUAUAAAAAUCAUUUAUCUACUCUUUAUGAAAAAAUAUAUGAUUAAACAGAUUUUGGUUAGGAUUUAAAGAGAAUUGAGACAUGUCGUAGUUUAAUUGAUGAAUAAUUUUUAGAAAUUAUAUCUUAAGUAUAAGGAUUAUUAUCUAAAAUACAUGGUUUUAUUUUUUAAGAUUCAAGCUAAAAGAUUUCUUAAGUUUAAAGUUAAUUCAUGCAUUUUUUACAAUAAUUUGAAAUUAUCCCUAUCAUAAUUACAUAAACAAAAGGAUAAAUGAUAUUUUUUGAUUUGUUUCAUAGAGAUUCUGUUUUAAAUUUAAAGAAUGAUGGAAAUUUUUUAUUUAAUUUUUCAAAGUUUGUUGAAAGUUUACUAAUCAUUUCAUUUUUUUAAGUUUAAGAAGAAAAUUAAAAUGGAUUGGAAUUAUUUUUCUAAUUCUUAGAAAAAUUGGAGAAUUCUUAAGGAUUUUAAAGUUUUUCAAAAAAGAAUAAUUAAACUAAAAAUGGAUAAACAUAAUUAAUAAUGGCAUUGAAUAGAGUAAAUUCUGCUAAAUAGAGUAGAAUUUCAACAAUUUAUCAAGCUUAGUAAUAAAAAUCAAAUUCAAAUUUAAAAUAAUCAUAAUAAAUAAUUGAAUAAAGUAAAUAAUUAUAAAUGAAUUCAUAAAUACGUUAUGAAAAAGAAUUGAGAAGUUUAUUCGAAUAUUAUUCAUAAAUAGGAGAACCUUUGAAUUUAGCAAAUUUAAAAAGUAUAAAAUAUAAAAAACUACUAUAAAAUUGUGGUAUAAUUGGAUCUAUGAUUUCUUAGGUGGAUGCUGAUAUGUUUUACAUUUAAUCAACACCAAAAAAGAAAUUAGACAUAACUAAAAGUCCAAAAUUUAAAGUUAAUAAAUUAUAUGAUAAUGAUAAUUAAAAUGGUAAAAUGGAUUUUACAAAUUUUUUUAACUCUAUGUAAUUAAUAGCUGAAAAAUUUUAUGAUAAUGAUAUUGUAGGUAUGAUUGAGUAAUAUUUGAUACCACAUGAAAAUUAGUUAAGAAUAGAAAAACAAUAACUGAUUCUGUAAAUGUUAAUGACAAUUUUAGAUGAUCCAAAAAUUGUAUUGAAUUAUUAAUAAUAAUUAGAUAAAAUUAUAUGAAAUUAUGGAAGAACAUUUUGAACCUUACUAUAAUCACUAUACAAAGAAUUUCAUGACACUAUCAGGAUUUAUGAAAUUUUGUUAAGAUUUUGAAUUAGCAAACUCAAUAGUAUCAAAAGGAUAGCUUAUGCAUGUUUUUAAAGCUUUAGCAUCUCUAAAUAAUGAUGAAAUUAUUGAUAAACGUUAAUUUGUCGAAGCCAUAAGUGUAAUAGCAAUUUUAAUUUAUAAUAAUGUUAAUGAUAAUGAAUAAAAAGUAAAUAAAAUUCUAAUUUAUAGAUCAUCUAUUUAUUAGAAAGAAUAACUUAAAGUGAUGGAGCUAUAAAAGUAUCUAAAUAAUUAGGAAUAAUGAAAAAUCCAUAAAAUACAAACUUAAUUUAGUUAUUUCGCUAUCAAUCUUAUCAGAAUGUUUCAAAAAAAGAAGAAGUUAACUUUAAGAAUGUAUUAAAUUAAAUACAAGAUUAAUUUUGA